AUGGCGACGAACUCCUCUCUCUCGCUACAGUGGUCCUUGGACAACACGAGUCUCAAUGCCCUCUCUAUAGGUCGAGGUAUCGUUCAGGCAAUGACAGGCGACAAUAUCCAGCCUAUAGCCCUGCUUGCCUGUGAGAAGUUCGGUACUACUCUCCCAGUGUGUAUCGAAACAAGUCUGAAGAUCGAACAACUUGCACGGCGUAGCCACUCCUCAACAGCGAAUUUUCUGAAAGCCCAAAUAGGAUAUUCGGUCGGCGACGCCGCGUAUUAUCUAUCACAGUCAGACGGUGGUAUUCGUUUCCUAUGUCUAGCCGCAACUCUUUGCACGAUAAAGAAGGGACUUGUGAGGGCCCAGCUACUCGAUGAGCUGUUACGAAGCACAGUUCAAAGCUGUGAAAUGUUUCCGACGCUCAUGCAGCUAAAUGAUCUAUUGCGGGCUUUGGAGACAAAAAUGACAGUAUCUUCAUUUGCAAAUGAGGUAAUAGGUUGGGCUUUAAUGAACGAAUUCAGCAUCUAUCAUGGUGAUGUUCUCGAACGAGAGAAUAGUGGCGUUGUUGGAGGUCUUGGCAGGGAGGAAGUCGUGAUACCUGCAAAUCCCGAUAUCCAGCGACUGGUAGCCGCUUUGAGAGAUUGUUUCCGGAUUGGCCCAGAAUGCAAUAUUCACAUUCUAUCCAGUCGUCGUUUCGCCGCUUGGACGAUUGCCUUUGUGAAGUGGUUCACUGGCUCGCCUCCUUGCUUGAACUUUGGAGCUUUUGCUUCGGUCGAAUCGAUGUCUCGAGUUUCUCUCUUUCUUCUUCCGCAGAGAGAUUCCUUUGAAAUAUCCGUGGUCAAGCAAGUGGCUGAUUUUAAUUCCUUGCUAUGCCCUGAAAACAAAGGUGAUUUUGAUGCAGGAAAGGACGGAUCCAAAUGCGGAAGUCGGUUCUGUGGAUUGAUAGAUGUGCCAACUCUAUUCUCCUUGAAAUUACAGAGGCAAUAUGGUACCUGUGGACCGGGGCAAAAGGUCUUGACCUUGUUGGUUGAAGCAGUUUUCAUGAUUUUGAAGCACCUACCAGAGACCAUAAUACCUAUGCCAUUUUAUGAAGGGCUCGGAAACCUUUCGGACGCUAAUUUAUCCGUUCCACGACCUUUUCCACCAUUCGAACGGAGAAUGGAAAUUGCUCAAGUUGCACUGGGAAACUCACUGGAGGUCCAAGGCACCGCGCCCAACCUGGAGAAAUGGAAGGAGCAUCUACAACAACACCGUGCCCAAUGCUGUAAAUGCAAGAAAAGUUUUGACGAGAGAUCAAGUUGUAUUGCGAGAGCGGCUGGGGUUCUUGCGGCUGACCUUCUAGCCACAUGUCUAUAUGACAUAGACGAUAUUGCUAGUCUAAAAGUUCCUCUAAGGGGAAAGUACUCCCUGGCAAAGAAACCACAUGACCAGUCGAAAGAGUUCUACAUAGAAUCGAGCACUGGCAUCUCUGCUUGCUGGCCUGAGUUAGUCGUUGAUGGGUGGCAGUCACUGGUACUGAACGGUGAGGUCACUUGGCUCUCAAUAAGCCCUUUCGAAAUCGUCAGUUAUGCUGUGGGAUUUCUCGGUCUUGAAUGGGAUCAUGGAGAUGACAGCGGAUGCGGGGGUUCUAUUAUCUCCUUAGGACGUGGCCAAGUCGUCUAUCCGGACAUCUUCAACAAGAAACACCUCACGCAGGAGAACUACCUCAGCUUGCAAUACACUAGGGGCACCGUGCAGUGGGACGGAAUGGGUAUUAGUAAGGUCAUUAGUUCCGGAGACAUAGGCAGCUGGGUUGUAACGCCCCGGGAGGCGUUUGAUCAUCUGAACAUGACAUACUAUCCGAGCGUUAGUAAAGAUGCUUCUAUGACAUGGAAUGUGGAAGUAGGCGAAAAAAAUGGUUUACUACUCAAGGGUUUGUUAGUGGAUCUCAUCUCUUUCCCAAGGAGUAUGCCGUGGUUCAUCUUCAUGGAUGUCUACAAUGUGCAAUGGAAGCUUGCUUGA